AUGGGUGUCGACGAAACCCAGCGCGAUGAGGGCGCUCGCAACCACUCGGCCGCCCUCCAGACUGCCGACAACAUCGACCAGAUCGAGGCUCCCGUCACCUGGAAGGCCUACCUUAUGUGCGCCUUCGCCUCUUUCGGUGGCAUCUUCUUCGGUUACGAUUCUGGAUACAUCAACGGUGUCAAUGGUUCCAAGUACUUCAUCCACGAGGUCGAGGGCCUUGGCCAUGACAAGCUCCGCGAAAGCCACCAGUCUCUGAUCGUCUCUAUUCUCUCCUGCGGUACCUUCUUCGGUGCUAUCAUCGCCGGUGAUGUCGCUGACCGCAUCGGCCGCAAGUGGACUGUCAUUACUGGUUGCAUCAUCUACUGCCUUGGUGUUGUUAUUCAGAUGAUCACUGGCCAUGGUGAUCCCCUCGCUUGCAUCGUCGCUGGUCGUCUCAUUGCCGGUAUCGGCGUCGGUUUCGAGUCUGCCAUCGUCAUCCUGUACAUGUCUGAGAUUUGCCCCCGCAAGGUUCGUGGUGCUCUCGUCGCUGGUUACCAAUUCUGCAUCACCAUCGGUCUGCUGCUCGCCUCCUGCAUCGUCUACGGAACCGAGGACUUCUACAGCCCCAAGUCCUACCGCAUCCCCAUCGCCAUUCAGUUCCCCUGGGCUGUCAUCCUUGGUGGUGGUCUCCUGUUCCUCCCCGACUCUCCCCGAUACUUUGUCAAGAGGGGCCGCAUCGAAGACGCCAUUGACGCCCUCUCCCGUGUCCGUGGUCAGCCCAAGGACUCCAAGUAUGUCCAGACCGAGCUGGCUGAGAUUAUCGCCAACGAGGAGUAUGAGCGCCAAAUCAUUCCCUCCACCUCUUGGAUCGGCAGCUGGGCCCAGUGCUUCAAGGGCAGCCUCUGGGAUGGCAAGUCCAACCUUCGCCGAACUAUCCUCGGUACCUCUCUUCAGAUGAUGCAGCAAUGGACUGGUGUCAACUUCAUCUUCUACUACUCCACCCCCUUCCUCCAGUCCACUGGUGCCAUCGACAACAGUUUCCUCAUCUCGCUCGUCUUCACCCUGGUCAACGUCUUCUCGACUCCCCUGUCCUUCUGGACCGUCGAGCGCUUCGGUCGUCGCAGCAUCCUCAUCAUUGGUGCCUUCGGUAUGCUUGUCUGCCAGUUCCUCGUUGCCAUCAUCGGUGUCACUGCCGACAACAUCAGCGCUGUCAAUGCCCAGAUCGCCUUCAUUGCCAUCUUCAUCUUCUUCUUCGCCUCCACCUGGGGUCCCGGUGCCUGGAUCGUCAUUGGCGAGAUCUUCCCUCUCCCCAUCCGAUCUCGUGGUGUUGGUCUCUCUACUGCUUCCAACUGGCUGUGGAACACCAUCAUCGCUGUCAUCACCCCCUAUAUGGUCGGCGAGAACCGAGGCAACCUCAAGUCGUCCGUCUUCUUCAUCUGGGGAGGUCUCUGCACAUGCGCCUUUGUCUAUUCCUACUUCCUGGUCCCCGAGACCAAGGGACUGUCCCUGGAGCAGGUCGACAGGAUGAUGGAGGAGACCACCCCCCGCACCUCUGCCAAGUGGAAGCCCCAUACCACCUUUGCCGAGACCAUGGGCGGUGGUGAGAUCUUCGAGAGGAAGGCUGUUGCCAAGGCUGAGCACGACGACUCUGCCGCCUAA